CAGACAGGAAGAGACGAAGGCGAAGGUCAGGAAUUAAACAUGGCGGCCCGCAGUGUGUUGAAGUCUGUUUGUACCUCACUUGCGGGUUUAAAGUUAGGGGCUUCAGGCUCCAACGUGAGUGCUCUUCAGAGGAUAAAUGUUCCUCAGCUGUCUGCUUUAACCAUCCAGAGCAGAGGAAUCCGCCAAGUGGUGGAAAAGCAAGAGGGUAAAACAACAACAGUUGAGGGAAGAAGUGUGGAAGUUCCAGCAGGACCACAGCCUCCAAACCCCACAGCAAAGUGUCCUAUCUACAGAUGGAACCUGCAGCACAAAUAUAACUACACGGAUGUCUUGUUGCUCAGUCAGUUCAUCAGGUCAGAUGGAGGGAUGUUGCCCAGAAAAAUCACUGGUCUCUGUGCAGAGGAACAUCGCAAGAUUGCAGUGUGUGUGCAGAUGGCUCAUAGAGCAGGUCUGCUCCCUGACCACAGACCCAAACUUCCAGAGGGCCAUGUCCCCAAGAAGGCCAAGCCACAACUUAACAGAUACCUGACUCGCUGGUCCAUUACCUCAGUGAAACCCAUCUAUAAAAAAGGACUAAAGUGGUGUAAGAAGCGAGUGGCUGUUGGCCACCCAGCACUCAAGGACAAUGUGCAUUACAGUGUCAAGCCCCUUUACAUAAAACACUGAAGGACAGAAAGCCUGACGAAUCAAUACAGCAACUGUUGCAGAGUAGGCGGGCCCAUUAUGCAAGGAUGCAGUGUAUUUCCAUGUCUUUCAACUACAUCUGUAGUUUACCCUGACUUUUGUCAUACUGCCGUGGGAAAAGGCCUAAAAGCUUCAUCCAUCUGUAUUUAUUCUACCUUUUGUUUAUUAAGCUGCGGCACUCUUUUAAUGAAUCACACACAGACCCACCCAGAACUAUCUAUCUUGUUUGUGGGAUUUCAAAAAGCCCUUGAAGUGAACUCUCUGACAACUUCAUGUGAACAACAACUGGGUCAGUAUCACACUUUCAAAGUAGGUGGUAUGUUGACUGUGUAGACUCAAGGCAACACAGAUGUGCAAAUAAAAUGUGUCUGUUUA